AUGAUUCAGUCUAUAGUAUUACAUUCUGUACUAUCUGGAGCACCAGAUGAAAUUCGAUUAGUUCUACUUGGAAGAAUCGACGCAGGUAAAAGUUCAUUUGGUAAUACAAUUUUAGGUGAAGAAAUAUUCGAUGCACAUAUUAGUCCAAAUGUAGUGACAAAAACAUUUAUCGAUUAUUUGAUGUGUAAUGACGAGCCCGCGUUAGAUAUUCGUCGAAAACAAGCUGAAUCUUUAACAUUAUAG